AUGCCAACCCAGAAUUUUUUCUUCUGCACACUUGCUGAGAAUGUCGACAGCCUGGACACUGUGUUCGGAGAGGUUUCCGAAGGAUUUGAUGUUCUCACGAAAAUCAGUGAAUCGUUUACGGACCAGAAUCAUCGACCAUACCAAGACAUAAGAAUCAACCACAUUGUGAUUCUUGAUGACCCAUUCGAUGAUCCGGAGGGAUUGGUUGUUCCUGACAGGUCACCUGAGCCAACAAAAGACCAAUUAGAAAGUGGUCGUAUUUGAGCUGAUUAAGAUAUUAAUAAAGAUAAAGAAAAAACAGAAGAACAAUUGAUGGAAGAACGAGAGACCAAGGAAGCUAAAGCCAAUGCUCAAAUUCUAGAGAUGGUAGGGGAUAUUCCAGAUGCUGAUAUAAAGCCUCCAGAGAAUGUGCUGUUUGUGUGCAAACUGAAUCCUGUCACAACAUCCGAUGAUUUGCAGAUUAUAUUCUCUAGAUUUGGACAAAUUAAUAGUUGUGAAGUGAUUAAGGAUAUGAAGACACAGGAAUCAUUGCAGUACGCUUUCAUAGAAUUCGAAAGGGUAGAAGAUUGUGAACAAGCAUACUUCAAGAUGGACAAUGUUUUAAUUGAUGAUAGACGCAUACACGUUGAUUUCAGCCAGUCUGUUGCUAAAUUAAACCAGAACCAGAAAUUUGGUGGAAGGUUCCCGAAUCCAUCCAAAGAUAAGAGUGAACAGAGGACUUCAAAUCAACACAGAGAAAGUAAUCAGAUGCGAAAACAAAUGACAUCAUCAAGAAACCAGGAAUCAAGUGACUCCAGCAGCUCAUCAUCACUAUCAUCAUCAUCCAGUUCAUCAGAAGAUGACAGGCAUUCGAAGAAGAGGAAAAAGAAGAAACACAGAAAGAAAGAUGAUUCAUCAGACAGUGAGGAGGAAUUUAAAAGAAAAGACAAGAAGAAGAUGUCAAAAAAAGAUCAGGAGGAGAGGGAGGUGUCCAGAAGGAAAAGAGAUGAAGAGUUUGAUCAUGAUAGGAGGAAAGAUAGAGAAAAAGGAAGAAACAAAGAUGGAAAAGAUCAUCGAAAUAGAAAAAGGAGCCCAAGUCAUGAAACACACCACAAAAACGACAGAGAAAGUGCCAGACACCAAAAUCGCGAAAGAGAGAGAAGCAUGAGUCGUGACAGGCACCAAAGAUAUGAAAGAGAAAGAAGCAGGAGUCGUGACAGACAACAAAGAUAUGAAAGAGAAAGAAGCAGGAGUCGUGACAGACAACAAAGAUAUGAAAGAGAAAGAAGCAGGGAUCGUGACAGGCACCAAAGACAUGAAAGAGAUCGAAGUAGAAGUCGCGACAGACACCAAAAACGUGAUAGAGAAAGAGAUAGAAAUAAGUACGAUUCCAGGAGUCAUCGAGACCGAAGGUGAUAACCAAGCUUUUACUAUGAUGGGUGUUUUCGAAAGCUUACGUAUGGGUGAUGUUUAAGCAUGUUAAGUCUGGUUUCCAUAGAAUCAACACAGUCGCUACAGCAUUCUCGCAUCAAACCUUGUACUGCGUCGCCAAAGGAGUCACUGAUUUUUAUGGAAACCAAGCUUAUCUCUUGUGUAUGACAAGAGUUUAACAAGUACAUACUUGGGAACCAAAAUUAUAUUCCUGCUGCAGAGUAUUCAGAAUUAAAUCAUGGGCUUCUCUGAUUUGGUGGAAAGUUAAAAAUAAUUUUUUUAAAUGAUGAGGUACACAAUUGGUUUACAUAUUCCUUAUACUGUAUAAAGUACAGGCUAGGCUAGAUUAUAAAUAUGCUUUUA